AGUUGUGGUUUCCUCGCUUCUUCCCGCGCCAUGGAGACCGGGACUCCCCCCGGAGACCAUGACACAUGCGCCGACCAUCCCAACUAUGCGUCCCGCCGAUGACCAGCGCUUUGAAGAAGCCUUGCUUACGCAUGAGUUGUGAACACGAUCUCGCAGCCCGAACGGAAACCGUCAGGCGUGUUGGCGGGAAACGCGCUCGCACGAGACAGUCACUCCAUGUAAACACUCCAGCUUCCCAUCGUCAGGACAAACCGCAUAUAAAAGUGUGGAACUUCGGAGUGCCUACUUCAGUCUACCGUCACACGUCUCACCAGACAGCGGCGUUUCUGCGCAUCAACUCCGCCUCGCGUACUAGAGCACUUCCAGUCGGUGUGUUGAAACGUUAGACCCUACAACAACGCGAGGAAGAUAUUUUUUCUCAUUUUUCGACGGAAAAGCGGAGUUGGGAAACCAUGUCUACACAAGAAAACCGCGGCCGCCCCCUUUCCUGCAUUCUUUUCGCAAUCCUGCUGUCCUUGACGCCAGACUUCUCCUUGGCCACGGUGUGCCGGAGGUGUCACGAGUCCGAGGCUACCUGUGAUCCCGUCACAAGGACCUGCCAAUCAAACUGUAACAGGACGAAGGUUUGCCCAGCUGAUGAGUUAUGUAUUGCGACCAUGUUCGACUUCGGAGAAGGUCGCUUUAUGUUCACCGAGUGCUUCAAACCCUCUCCGUUAGGGCCGGAACCAGGUCCUGUAUGCACCGCUGACUUUCUGAGAGGGACCUACACCUGUACCUGUAAAGGCGACGACUGCAACAACAACAUGGUCUUAGGUGGGAAACUGCCUUGGCCAGGUGAGACCCCUAUCGAUACCUGGCAGUACGACAACAACGAAGCCAUCUUUCCCAACCACCAAGACUUCACCAACCACCCGCGGAACAUCCUGGACAGAGCCGACAACGCAACGGAGAACCGCACCAGGACACUAGACACCGCGGUUCCCUGUGACACGGACAAGUCGUGCGGAGGCGGGAAGUACUGUGACCGGCACUACGGCGUGUGCAAGCCCCGCGGCCGACUGGGAGACCUGUGCCGCCGCGACGGGAACUGCCAGGGCGGGUACGACUGCAUGUUUGGCCGCUGUCAGAAGACCAUCCAAGCCGGCGAGCAGGGUGCCAGGUGUAAGCAUGACAAGGACUGCGGAGACAACAUGUGCUGUGCGCGCCAGCACGGAGAGAGGAUCUGUAAGCCCCGCCUGGCCCCGGGACAGAAGUGCUGGGUCCCCGAGGGAGGGCUGGACUACAGUCUGAACCAGAUGUGCCCCUGUGAGAAGGGACUUAUCUGUGGAGAGGUCCAGACGCCCCCGAGAGAGGAGGAGUUUGUCCUGUGGACGGAUAACCACCACAUGAGGUGCAAGGCCAUAGAUGAGUGAUGUCAUCACAGAUGCACCAAUCACGGACGGUUAUUCUCGUACAGAAAAGAGUCAUAGUCUAACUAUUGUCUGUAUAAUGUAGAUAUCUGCACAUAGUGCGGACAGAAACUUAUAACGUUGACGUUUUAUUCUAUUCUAUUAUUGAUGAUAAAUCAUAUAUGUACACAGAAGUUGUUUUUUCCAGCUUUUCUCAGGAAACAAGCAUAUGUUGUCUCAGUGGUGUUACAGUGCAGUCUGAGAUGUAUCAAGCUACACUAGAACAUGCAUCUUUUUGAUAAUCAAGUAACUACAGUAACUUUUUUAUGCUAAGCUACAUGGAGAGCCUAAAAUGGUAGUGUAUUAGUAACAAAUGUCAAGCCUAUCGUGUUACGCAGCAAAGCUAUCAUAUUAUCGUAAAACGGCAAAUGAUGCUUGCCUGUCGUAAAACACUACGGUCACAAUACAUGCCGCAAAACUGACCAAACUUGGUCAACAUCGAGCUCACGCCACGCAAUGUCGUCAAAUUCAAUCUACCUCUUCUCUCAGUUUGAAGUUUUUGUUACGAGUAAGUUUGUUUUUCCGAGAUCUUCUAUUAUCACUAUAGCCUUGUAGAAUAUUUUUGUACAUAUUUAUUCUAUCUAUUAAAUUAUCAUGAGUUAAAAUUAAUUGCAUGUGUUUGAAUUUGUUGCAGUGUCAAAUGGUAAUACUUGCCUCCAUACAAACUUCAGUUGUUUUGACAGCCAAUGGGCAAAUGUUCACUACAAUUUCCAUUCAAAACCCCUGAACAUUUUGACAUAUUCUCAUGAGAUUUGAUCAAUCAGAGGAUGACAUCCAUAAAAUCAGGUUUACCAGCUAAAUCAUGAUUGGUAUAAAGAAACCAUGGUAUAUGAAAACAAGACCACAGCAUGUUCAAGACAAAACAUACAUAAGCUGGAAGUUCUGCUGAAGUACCAAGGAAAGUUGUCAGGGGGCUCAAAAUUGCCCUUGUCAUUCGUCUACCCAAGACCUACCCACAAACCAAAUAUCAUCACAAUCCAUCUAGAGGUUCUUAAUUUAUAU